CUCCUCGCUCAGCUGGGUCCCUCCGCGGUGCUGGCAGCAGCAAGUUGUUACGUGGACGACAGGAAAGAAAGAGAGUUUUGCAGACUUUGUCCUACAGCUCUUCUGCGUAAAAGUAACUCGUCGUGCCGCGGUGAUUGACGCUUGCAGCAAACUCAACACUGCCCACCACAAAUAGGACUCGGACUCACAACUUGCUCGAUUGAAAACGCGUUUAUUUAUUUAUUAAGAACUGCUCAUUGCGUUUAGCUUGUUCGCCCCCCUCUUCCCCGCCCACACAUCCGAUUAUCACGCUCGGCAACGUACGGCGCGAAAGAAGUUCAACGAUACAGCGCACGCAAACAUUCGCACCCGCGUUCACGGUCGUUCAGCCCGCAGGAGCAGAUCUCUGGGUAAGAAGCGAACGCGCAAACAACAGCAGCAACAACAACAACAACAGCAGCAACAACAACAGCAACAACAACAACAGCAACAACAACAACAGCAACAACAACAACAGCAACAACAACAGCAGCAACAACAGCAGCAACAACAACAGCAGCAACAACAAGAGCAGCAACAACAACAGCAACAACAGCAACAACAACAGCAACAACAACAGCAGCAACAACAGCAGCAGCAACAACAGCAACAACAACAACAGCAUCAACAACAACAACAACAGCAGCAACAACAGCAGCAACAACAACAGCAGCAACAACAACAGCAUCAACAACAACAGCAUCAACAACAACAUCAUCAACAACGAGAAGACGAGAGAGAGAGAGAGAGCGAGCCGCCAACGAUGACCGCGCAACUCGUGCGCGCCAUGUGGCCGCGGGUGUCUUCCCGUGGUGCCCGCGGGUGGCUGCGCUGGGCGGCCCCGACCCGGCGCGCCUCGGCGGGCCCCCAGACGGCCGCGGCCCCCCUCAAGCGCACGCCUCUGCACGACUUCCACACGCAGCACGGCGGCAAGAUGGUCGGGUUCGCCGGCUGGAGCAUGCCCGUGCAGUACAAGGAGAGCCUCAUCUCGUCGCACUUGCACACGCGCGAACGCUGCUCCGUCUUCGACGUUUCGCACAUGAUGCAGUGCAAGGUGCUGGGCAGAGACGCAGUGGCAUUCAUGGAGAGCAUCACCGUGGCCGACGUCGCCGGCCUGAAGGACGACACGGGCACCCUGUCGCUGUUCACCAACGAAGCCGGUGGCAUCGUCGAUGACCUCAUCGUCACCAAGACCUCCAAGGGUCAUCUCCACGUGGUGUCAAACGCCGGCUGCGCCGACAAGGACCUUGUGCUCAUGCAGGAGCGCCUGCGCCAAUUCAAGAACGCGGGUCGCGACGUCGACCUCGAGGUCCUGGACGCCGCUCUGUUGGCCGUGCAGGGCCCUUCCACGGCCAGAGUCCUGCAAGCCGGCGUGUCGGGUGACCUCGGCCGGCUCGCCUUCAUGCACAGCGCCGAGAUGAGCGUCUUCGGCGUGGCCGGCUGCCGGGUCACUCGCUGCGGCUACACGGGCGAGGACGGCGUGGAGAUCUCCGUGGCACCCGAGCACGCGGUGCGUCUCGCCGAGAUGCUGCUCAUGCGCAACGGCGGAGAGGUGAAACUCGCCGCCCUGGGACCCCGCGACAGUCUGCGACUGGAGGCCGGCCUCUGCCUCUACGGCAACGACAUCGACGAGAGCACGACGCCCGUGGAGGCCGCCUUGCUGUGGACCAUCGGCAAGAGGAGGCGAGCCGAGGGGAACUUCCCCGGCGCCGGUGUCAUCCUCGGGCAGAUCGCUCAGAAGCCGGCGAGGAAGAGGGUCGGUCUCGUCUCGACGGGGCCUCCCGCACGCCAGCACGCGCCCAUCGUCGACGAGCACGGCGAGAAGAUCGGGGAGGUGACCAGCGGGUGUCCGUCACCGUGUCUCAAGAAGAACAUCGCCAUGGGGUACGUGCCGAGCGGACUCGCCAAGCCUGGGACGCGGCUGCGAGUGGAGGUCCGUAAGAAGCUGGUGGACGUCGUCGUCAGCAAGAUGCCCUUCGUGCCCACGCGUUACUUUGCGGGCGUUUGACGAGCGCGUUUGACGAGAAGUUGACCCCACGUCUCAAAUGUGGGGGGGGGGGGGGGGGGGGGUGGCACGGAAGACGACGGCGAAAGUCCAGAGGUGGGCUGACGUUUGGCUGUGAUGCCCAACGCAGACGCGCCCCGCAAUAAGAAGACACAUUUUAACUUUCACCACCAUUGAGCAAACGGCACUUGCCCGUCGUCAAUUGACAAGGGGCAAGUGCUGCGUGUGGCGAGGGUGUUGUGGUGAGAUUUUCGAUGAAAGCUCUGUGCGAACGCAUCCAAUAUCUUUCCAAGUGCCAAUUUCAAUAGCAGCUCAUUGGUGAUUGAUGCGUAGUCCAAACUGAUGUUUUUGCUCUAUUAUGUUAUAGCGCCACGAAUCGUUGCUCUCGUAGUCGGGUUUAACGUGUUAUGUGAUGUUCAGUCGGUGAGUGACACACCCCAAACCUUGACAGUAAAAUAUGAUUAUGGGUGGACAUAAUAAAAAUACAAAUAUCGAAUUCUAGCUCCUGCAAAGGGCUUCUCGGCUCUUCACGCCUCGCCCGUCGCCCCACUGAUGUCCUCUUCCCUCCCGCCCCAUGUGUGCAGAUACUACUGGGUUGUACCUCAAUGUUCAUCAUUAGAUGCAAAUGGAAAUUGUACAACAUUCAAAUGUCUGUGUUGGUAUUUUACGCGCCUGUUUACCACCAGCCUUGACCAAACCAAACCGAGCAGUCAAACUGAGACGUCUGAACAUCAGUGGUGGUGGGGGGGAGUUGACAGACACAUGUUGACAUAAAUGCCGACAAAAUAAAUCUCGACUCUAUUGUAUGUAGGAUGUGUAGGCAUAGAGGCCUACAAAAUGUUUUUUUGGUGGGGGUGGGGUGAAACACAUUUUUUUGGGGGGUCAAUUUUUUGAAACCUUUUGGAUCAACUUUUUACCCCCACAUCCGGGGGGAGGGGGUGUCCACUUUCUAUAACCUUUUGAUUCGGGCCUUCUGGAAGGCUCUCAUCAUUUAGUUGACGGAUAAACGGAAGGCCGGGCUUUUGUAAUAUAUCACCGUGGUGAGAUUUAACUUUGUGGAGCGGGUGGGUGAAACUGUUAAGUGGUGGUGGCUGGCAUCAGUCACAGUUGGCUGUGGUGACACAAACGUGGCAAGGUAUUUACACCUCCAAAACUUUCACAGUAAAGAUAACAUGGGUUUAACGACGUUAAUUAUUACUAACACAGUGAUGGCUUAGAUCAUGUAACGAUGUAGAUUAAGAACUGCGAUAUACAAGUAAAGAAUCUAAACACAUCUCAUCGCAAUUGCUUGCUCGAACCACUGCUGGUUGAAGGGAAUCCGCUCAAGAGGGCUCUCAAGAGUAUGGUUGGUCUCCUCUUCCACGCUGGCCAGCCUGCUUGGAAGAUGUGUGGAGGACCCACACUUUACCCCACCACACGGGAUCUGUCCAAAUCGACUGAGUGCUGCCUCGAAACUCAUUCUUGGUGUGAAUGCAUUCGAGCAAAUCGUUAUUGUAGUUGUGUUUUCUAGAAUGCUUUGUAGGUGGGUGAAGUAACAGAGCCAGGAUAAGUUUUUUAUUUAUAUAUUCAGAACCUUGGAUGGAUGGAUGGUAAACAAACACACUACACGCUUGCAACUUUAAUCAGAGAUAGUUUUAGUCUUAGUUCGUUGGCCAUUUAAUCACAGCCACCUUCAGGUGCAGUGAGUGCAUUGUCUCAGCCUGAUGGGCAAUGAUGGCACGAAAAAAUACAAAACAUUAACUUUGGUUUCUGCACUUUGAUUCCAGCCCUGGGAAAUAAGAAUCCGUUUGACUGUGGUGUGAUGAACAUUCUUGAUUUGAAGCUUUCGUGACUGCGGGAAUCUAUACUCUUUGGUUCUUUCGGUAAAGUCACGUAGGUAGAAAUUAAAUUAAACAAAUCACGACGUUUCGAUCGCAACACAAGCAAUCUUCAUCAGGUGGAACAACCACAGCAAUAAAAUGCUGAAGUAGGCGAGAGAGUGCACAAUUGUUUUUAAAAUAAUCUCGCUUUGGGUGUACUUAACUGAAAAAUAACUGCAACAGGAGCAGCCAGACUUUUCCAUACAUUGUCCUGACACCAAUUCACCUGUUUGAUGUGCCACUCGUAUUGUGGGUUUCAUCUCAGCACGGCAAAGGAAAUAUUUACCACGAGUAUAAUACGUAUGGUGUGUGAAAUUACGCUUCCAAACCCAGAUAUUUUUCCCAACAAAGAUAAUACUUUAAAAUACGUAGAUACUAAUGGCAUCUAAACCCAUUAACAUGUGAAAAUUAUUUUUGAUUUAGGUACGUCUCUUGCUGUUAUUGAUUUUGUUUACAUUAAAUCCUAAAAUAUGCACAA